GGACGGCUGAGGGGACAGGGACAGGGACGAUGGCCCAGCCAUGCCCGGGGAGGUGACAGCAGGACCAGGCAGGGCAGGGGUCCCCGUGCCCGCUGGCCCCCGGGGAUGCCCGGGGUAGUGGUGGGGGGACGCCCCGGUCCCCACCUCGGCACGACGAGGUCUCGUUGUCUGUCCGCCGAGCGUGUGCCUGUGCUUUUCCCCUUUGCUUUUGUGCCUGGGGACGGGCGAGGGGGGGGGACGGACCGGCUAACGUGCUUCAGACAGAAACUUUAAAGCGUCAAAAAGUCUCCUCCGGGCGCCCGGACGGAGCGGCUCGGCGGGAGCAGGGUGGCCUCACGCCCGCAGGGUGAGCGGUUUCCUCCAGGAGAGACUCGCUGGGAGCAGCCAACGGCCUUCGCUCGGCGUGGGCGAUGGCGAGGGGCUGCACCGCGUGGCUCCGGGGCCGCCCGGUCACCGACCAUGCCCGGGGAGGGAUCGGCUUGCGCGGCUUCACCCGCCAUGUGGGUCCCUCUUGGGGAAACUUCCAUCGAGGGUGAUUCCGCUCCCUCCCGAGGAAGCCUCUCCCGCCGCUUCCUCGUCUUGAUUCCCGGGAAGUUUCUCCCAGCGCGUGGCCGCAGCUGCGGUUCGGCUUCGAGUUCACGGGAGGGAGAACGGCUCCUCCGGCAGCGACGGAGACGGCAGUGCCCUUUGGCGUCCAUCAUCCGUGUUGGCCUCGUCCCAUCUCUGCCUGCACCCUGCCUGUCACGCUGCUUGUGCCAGGGCACCGCAGGCAGGGGCGGGCAGCUCCCUUGCCUUUUUGGUGCUGCCUACAUCUGGAGCCGUUGGUAAAUUAUUAACGAUAAGUGGAACGGAUCGACGGGUGAUCGGGCCGGUCGGUGCGCUGAACAGUGCAUCCGUAGCAAUGGGACCGGGGCGGGAGUCCCGGCAGGAAAAUUUGUGGUCAGAACCCACGAGUGACUUUCCCCUUUGUAACAAGCCAUAAGGACGUUGUCGGGCUGAGAGGGUCACGGCCAUCCCUGGCUGCACACAUGCUCCCGUGGACUCGAUCCAAGGUCACAGACGGGCAUUUAUACCUGGAAUUAUUUCCCCUUUUCCAGUUUAUGCCCAAUUUCCAGGCUGUGCCCAGCCUGCAGAGCCCGGCAGCUCUGCAGGAGGGAUCUGUCACGGAGGGAAAGAGCCUUUUGGGCCUGCGAGUGGCUGGGACGUUGCCAUCCCUCGUCAAACCCGGCAGAGGAGCGUUGGCCGUGCCAGCCGGGCAGGGCUGCCGGUGGCUCGGGAGCAGUGCCUUUCACAUGGUGGGUUCUCAGGCUUUGCUCCCCGCUUCCCGCAGCCACAGGUUUCCUCCUCGCCCCUGCUCCCAUCACCACUGACUUGGCCUCUGCUCAUCCUGCGCGGGCUCCCCUAUUGACACGAGGGGUUUUUUUCCAGAGCUGGAGUGGGACGCUUCAAAAAUGCUGCCGCGAACUUCUAAAAAGGCGCCUGCAGCUGAGCUGGGGGCUUCAUCAGCGAAGAUGCUGCCAGCCCCGACCUUCCCGUGCCACAUCCUAGCCCUGCUCACAGGCAGGACCUGCCAAUAUCUUCUCCCACUGCCAGUUGCAAAAGGCUGUUUAACCAAAAAAAUAAUGAAAGCGUGAAAGGGCGCAGGCUGUUGUCCGGUUUCAGCAUGUCUUACUCAAAAACGAGUGAGAAGUUUGGACAUUACAAAAAAAAAAAAAAAAAAGCCCCACAAAAAAACAAUGGGCUGAUUUCUGCUCUCUGGCUCUGGGGCAAUUCCUCUGGGAUCCCUGGGGUUGUAUCAGUGGCCAGGGAGCAGAGUUUGGCUCUCACUAAGUGGUUUAUGGGAUUUUUAUUUUUCAUUUAGCCAAAAAAUAAGAAGGGAACAAAAUUCAAAGAAGUAUUUGGUGUGGAAAAACAAAAGGCGUUCAAAACCUCUUAAGCUGGCCAGAAAGGAUCCCUUUGAGGGGACAGAUGUGUUAAGGGGAACAAGAAGCAUUUGGGAGCAAAGCUGAGCCAGGCACCUUGAACGCGGCAGUGGUUUCGGAAGGGGAUGCUCAGCACCAGCCCCGGCUCCCGUGGUUUGGUGUGCGCUGCCGCGGGGUGUUCAGCGAGCAGGAGGUGGGCGGCCUGGCUGUUGGUGAGGUCUGCCCUCUGCGCAGCCCUUCACAAGUCAUCCUCGAGCUGCCCAGCAAGGCAGACACGGAGGUUUUGUGGUCUGUCACCCAUCAGAUGGCAGCCCUGCCCGCCUGCGCCGGGGUGUGAGCGUGACGGUGGGUGCCGUUUGGUGUGGGGGGCCGCGGCGCUGGUCUUUCCUGCUGGGAUGUGUGUCCGGCCCAAGGGGCGAAGCCACGGCACGGUUGUGUUUUGGCCCUAGCCCGGUUUGGAUAAAGGCAUCAGUUGCAUGGGUUUCCCCUUGGUUUUCACCCUGUUGUAAAGCGCAGAGAUCGUGUCGAUUUCAGCUUGCAGUUCGCUGGUCUUUUGUGAGUCUUUUUUUUUUUUUUUUUUUUUUCCUUCAAGCAACUUGUCUGAGGAUGGCUCAGAGGAGCAGAGGUGCCAGGAGGCAGCACAGGAAGGAGGGGACUGGCAUGUUUGUCCUCGGAGGAUCGGGGACUGUAGCAGUGCCCAUGCGGGUGAGAGCGGAGCGGUGAUUUGGGAAGGGGCCACAGGGACCCCUCUCUGUGCCUGCUCCGGAGACCAGCCAUCCCUGGGAAGGAGCCACUGCAGUCAGGCUGCAGCUCCUACCCAGGUCUCCCACCGAAGGAGCCCAAAUUGGCUGAAUAAACGAUCCCGAUGUUCAGCACCAAAUGCCAGAGAACCUGUUGCCAAGGCUGGAAUUUCUCACUUGAUCCGAUUAACCUUUGUGUCCGUGCAAACAACCACAUAUGUGUCACCCGCCAAACACAUGCCAGAAGCAUUUGCCAGUUCUUGGAGCAUCUGGGCUGUAUGCGAUGCACAGUGCCCAAUCCUGCACAGAAAGUCCCCAGGGGCACCUCAGAAAGGACCGUUAGACCCUCAUGUCCCACGUGUUGAUGGCAUAGCCGGCGAUCCGGGCACACGGGAGAUGCUCCCCUGACCUGUGCCUUCCCUCUGGGCUGCCCGGACAGGGAGGAUAAGUUUGGAUGCUCAGGGCAUCAACUCUGUUCAGAGUUAAAUGAUGCUAAACGUGAUCUCGUGGGAGGGAUUGGGGGUGACGAGUCAAAUCUGUGUUUUAAAAAACCCAAGUGUGUGGGAGAGAAGUGUCGAGCAAAAGCGAAGAAGGUAUCAGUUGGCACUUCCCUUAGUCACGCUGCUGGUGCCUGGCUGAGCAUCAGCAUCGCGUCCUGAUCAAGGUCUCAAGGCCGUGGUGGUCCGGGGAAUCGCCUCCCGAGGGCUCGAUGCUCUCGUUGUGGAGGCGUGGAGGGCUCCUUUCCCCUGGGGCUGUAUGCGGCAUCUCUCGAUGCAGCCCCCGUCUGUCUUUCUUUGCUAGUGCUGUCGGGAGGGGAGGAAGGUACUUAAAACCAACCGGGGGCAGAGCCAGCCGCGCCGUGGGCUUCGUCCUGGCAAUGCCAAAGUGGAGAGGUGUCCUGCUGCCCGCUUCCGUUGGGAGCAAGACCGAGCCUUCUGCGAUAAUUCCUGAUGUUCAUUAUUUAUAGAGAAGCCAAAUUGAAUUAUUAAUACGGAAAAUUCAGAUAACAUUAACAAUUCUCAGUUUAUAACAGUUUCCCAUUAAUAAGGAAAAUUGGAAAUUUAUCACUACAUCUGUUCAUUAAAACUCACUUUUUUUUUUUUCUUUUGGUGUCUUAAAUGAAAGCAGAGAAAUAAACGAAGAGGAAAAGCCAUUUAUUCGCUACUUCUCUGGGCAAAGUCAGCCCAUAAUUUUUAAUAAAGUCUUUGCUGUUAUAUGUGGAGGGGAAACCAGCCUAUAAUGAAAGCAGCUUUUCAGCCAUGUCUAUGGCAUUGCUCGACCGUAGAACAAAUGCUCGGAAACGCAUCCCAUUUCUUCUCUUUGUGGGAAGCUUUAAGCUGCGUGAUAGUUUUCUAAUUUCCCUCCCUCCCCAGCACCUCUCCUUGCUUUCAGCAUGUGUUGCUCCCAGCUCCGAGGAGUGAAUUUUAAUGCCUCCCCUGCUUCUUUCAGAGAUGGCGGAUUCCUAUACCUGUAAAGGUGGAAGGAAAACUGCAGGCUCUAACAAACCCACUGCCAGCAAAGAAAGCAGGACGGAGACAAGGAUAAACGCGCCAGCAGAGCUGCCCAAGCUCGGAAAUGCAACCAGUGACAAAACCGAAGGCAGGAAGAAAGGGCGACCCAAGGCUGAGAACCAGGCUCUGAAAGACAUCCCCCUCCCCCUGAUGAACCAGUGGAAGGAUGAAUUCAAAGCCCACUCGAGGGUGAAAUGUCCCAAUUCAGGCUGCUGGCUGGAGUUCCCCAGCAUUUAUGGCUUGAAGUACCACUACCAGCGCUGCCAAGGGGGUGCGAUCUCAGAGAAGCUGACGUAUUCGUGCUCUUACUGCGAAGCUGCCUUCACCUCCAAAACCCAGCUAGAAAAGCAUCGGCUCUGGAAUCACUUGGACCGGCCAGUGCCAACCAGCAAAGCAGAAAACAAAGUGCCGAAGGCCAUUGGGAAGAGCAGUGGCAAGAAAAGAGCUGCUGAGAGUUCAGCUUGCCCCACCAUCCAUCCCAAACAGGCAAAGACGGAAAAAGCCGUGGCCCAGGACCACGCCGAGAAUGGCGAGUGCCUGGUGGAGAGCCGGGAGAGCAAGGAGUUUCAGAUCGCAGCAGCUGAGGCAAUGGCAGCCGCCACCCCCACGGCGAAGUCCUCGAGCGGCAAGGAUGCCGUGCAGCAGGGGGGCAGCCAGGCCUCGGUGCAGGAGGAAGACCCCGAGAGGAUGAAGCACAAGUCAGGAAGGAAACAGAAAACUCCUAAGAAAUUUACGGGGGAGCAGCCGUCCAUCUCGGGGACAUUUGGACUGAAAGGUCUCGUCAAAGCAGAGGACAAGGCAAAAGCCCAUCGAGCUAAGAAGCUGGAGGGGAACACCAACACAGAGGAGCUGAAAAAGAAACCUCCAGGAGCUGGUGUGAAGAAGGAAACGGCUGUGCAUCUACCAGCAGCAAACCCCGAGGACCAGUGGCAGCGGGAGAUCAGCGAGAAGGGAGAAGUCGCUUGUCCAACCUGCAGCGUUAUAACCAGGAAAACUAUUGUGGGGCUCAAAAAGCACAUGGAUGUCUGCCAGAAACUGCAGGAUGCCUUGAAGUGUCAGCACUGCAAAAAGCAGUUCAAGUCCAAAGCUGGGCUGAAUUACCACACCAUGGCUGAACACGUCAGCAAGCCUGUUCCUGUGGAAACCGCUGGACUUGGUGAACAGGAAGAGCGGGAAAGGCUGAGGAAAGUGCUAAAGCAGAUGGGAAAACUCAAAUGCCCCAAUGAGGGCUGCGUAGCCAACUUCUCCAGCCUGAUGGGCUACCAGUACCACCAGAAGCGGUGUGGGAAGCAGCUUGCCGAGGCCGACAAGCCUGUCUUCAGCUGUCCACACUGCGGCAAGAAGUACAAAUCCAAGGCCGGCCACGACUACCAUGUGCGGUCAGAACACACGGCCUCGGUGAGCCCCCCGGACGCCUCCGCAGCCCGAGGAGCGGGGCCAUCCCCCCCUGGGGGUGACUGCAGAGCUACAGAGCCUGUGGGCAGGACAGAGCCGGGCAGGGCCGGGCCGGGCAAGCCUCCGGAGGAGCCAGAGGUGAAGCCGGAGCCCGGCCCCAUAGAAGAUUUUGAAAGGACCCCGAGCGGCCGCAUCCGUCGGACGUCAGCCCAAGUAGCUGUCUUCCACCUUCAGGAGAUAGCGGAGGACGAACUCGCCAAGGAUUGGACCAAGCGGAGGAUGAAGGACGACCUGGUGCCUGAAACGAAGCGGCUCAAUUACACCCGACCGGGGCUUCCAAAGCUCAAUCCGAGGCUGCUGGAAAACUGGAAGAACGAAGUGAAGGAGAAGGGCCGCAUCAACUGUCCCAACAACUGCUGUGAAGCCAUUUACUCCAGCGUCUCGGGGCUGAAAGCUCACCUGGCCAACUGCAACAAGGGGGACCAUUCAGUGGGCAAGUACCGCUGCCUCCUGUGCCAGAAGGAGUUCAGCUCUGAGAGCGGAGUCAAGUACCACAUCAUCAAGGCUCAUUCAGAGAACUGGUUCCGAACCUCCGCAGAGGCCAGCCGGAAAAAGAAAAGCAGGGAACAGCUUUCUUCCAGCAAAGAGGAGAAAAAGAAAAGCACAAGCGGGAAGAAAAGGGGGAGGAAACCCAAGGAGAGGCCUCCUGAAAUGUCCCCGAAGGGCAGAGAGAGCGUGGCAGCAAAGACUAAUCACAAGAAAACCCUCGAGCACUGGGAAGGCUCCCGAGGCAGCCCCGACGGGGACGAGCGUGUCCCCAAGCCCCCAAGCCAGCGGAAGGGGGGAGCCAGUAAGAUGCCUGAGAAAUGAGCAGCUCAGAGACUCGUCUCCGAGGAUUUGUUUACAGCCCAGGGUAACAGGGUGGGGGUCUCUCCCGGUUUUCUGUCCCCCUCAUCCCACCUCCCCCCCCCCCCUCCACUCACCCCCUUUUUACAAAAAAAAAAAAAAAAAAAAAAAAAAAAAGAGACAGAAAAUACCAAUUAACCACUUUAAACAAGUCACGGACCUUGUUUCACACUGGAAAACAAAGAGGAUCAAGGAAGCUGGACCGUUCUCCACCCCCUGCCCAUGUACAUACCCCCCUGCCCGACGGGACCCUGCUGCCUUCCCCCUCCUCCCAUGACUUCCCUUCUUACUCCCUGCACCAAACUGGUGACGCUUGAGCGAAAGAAAAGUGCAAUAGCAGCAGGGUCCCCUUGGACGGGGUCUCUCUGCGGCUGUGUGCCGGGGCAGGGGGCUGCCCGUGGCGGUGCUGCCUGCUGCCUGCCCGUCCGGGCAGCCUCCGGUGGGCUCCAGCCUCCCGGUGCAGGCAGCACCUGCAUCCCUGCUCCCAGGACGAUGUUUCCAAAGAUGUUUGACCCAUGCAAGCGGCCGGGCAGGGGCAGAGGGACAGCAGGGUCUGGCAGUGGAUACUGGGGGGGUCCUGGUCACUCUAGCCCCGCAGCCUCGGGCCGAGAGGGGAUAUGUUUUGGCAGGGACCGGCUCGGUGCAGGGGUUUGACUCGGCAGCGCGAGGCACAGGCAGAGGAACGAGCCGGGAGCGUGGCGGGGGUCCGGCAGAGCACCGUCCCGAGACGGCAGGGCUGGCUGUGGCGGCGAGAUGGGGUGCGGGAGGUGUGAGCACCCCUGGAAGUCGAUGGGAGAGGGGGUUGCUGGAGGACUGGUCAGGUUGAAGGGUUUAACCGAAAGUUGCGGGAAUGCUGCGAGCACCGUGGAGCAUCGCGGUGAGACCACGGAGGGGGUGCGAUGGGGGGAGCUGCGCCCCGGUGCUCAAGUUGUCUUUGCAAGCGUAGCUGGACUCAGAGUCAGAGUGAGCCGGCCACUGUCGAGCUGCCCGACCGGCGGGGGGGGGGGGGGUCCAGCUAGAUGAAAAGGUGAUUCAGUGUCCCCAUUGUGCCCCAUCCCAAAGGUGCCGAUCGCCCAGGAAGGAGGAAUGGGAUUUCGGUCACCCAGCUGCAGCCCUGGGAGGUGUGUAACGGGGACAGGGGGGCAGCAUCAAGUGACAAUCAUGGGUCCUGCUUUCGGGCAUGUUGCACUCGCCUUGUCCCUCCGGGCUGGGACCCACUGUGGGGUGAGUCUCGGCUCCCCCGAGAUGCAUCCAAGCCCCCGACCAUCUUCCUCGGGGACAGGGAGUCCCUGCACGGCGCGCUGUCCCUUGCUGGUUCUCUUUCCCCGGGCUUUUCUUUGCGUCCGUACUAAUAUCGUCGUAACACCUCGCUCCGGCCUGGAGGGAACCAUCCCCAGACCGGGAUGUGUCUGUCUCCAGACAAAAACCAGGCUACCUCGGUCCUUGGGAAACGGGCACGUUUUCUCUCGGUAACAGAACAGAAAACCUUAAUUUGAUUUUUUUCCCCUGUGCAGAGCCGGGAAGGUGGCGUCGGGGGGGGGGGAGAGCUUCUGCUUUUACUUUUAUCAAUUAAAACCUCAACCCUCCGUUUCCUUCACUGCUCUUCACCGCCCACUGGAGGCUCAGUAUCGUUUCCCUGCUCCGAGGAGCCGCUCAGUAAUAAUUAACGUCCUUCUCCACUAGCAGGUUAUUACAGCCACGGAGGGAGGGAGGGGAUGGUAGUGUCUGAAGCCAGGGCAGCUUCUCGGGGGAGCCAGUGCUCCAGCUCCGACCGCGGCUCCCGGCAGCUGGAUGCCACCAUCUGCAUCUCCCGGCACGCUCAGCCGCAAACUGGGCACGUGCCUGCGGGCGAGGGAACCCGCCUGAGCGCUGCUGGUUGCGUCGGCCUUCCGAAGCAAUUAGCGGAAAAGCUUAAUUAGUCACUGCGGCUCAGCCUGUUGGCCGCUUGCGCUUCAUCCGAUCUUUGUUUUGAUGGUGUCACCGGUACAAAUCCUGCCUCCCCAGGGAAGGGAGGAGAGCUUCAGGAGCCAUAGGGCCCACGCUCUCAGAGCCGUCUCGGUCUCUGUCACGACGGGGACGUGGGGACACUGUCCUGGGUGACGUUUUGCUGUGCUGAGCCCGAGGGAUGGCGGUGGCUGUCUGCAGAGCCCCGUGCUCGCUCGCCGAAGCAAUAACCGCUGGAAGGGAUGGCGAGGAGGGACCCCCACACCCGAGGAAGGUGCUCAGGCGGUGCUCGGGGGGCACGCCGUGGAUGUUGGGGGGGGGUAGGCAGCAGCAGGGGCCCCGGUACAGAGUUUGGCACUGAAAUCUCCGCGAAGGGGCAGGGGGAGCCGCUGGAUCCCAAAAUCUUGUCCCACCAUGGGGCAAAGCCCCCGGCAAAGCUUCGUGCCCUGGCCUGGGGAGGGGGGACCCAGGUGGCCCAGGCUGCUGGUUUGGAUGUUCACCUUAUAAUCCCCACCGCCUCCCCUUGGGCAUAGCGCAGGGCUCGAUUCUCAUUAACAUGCAAUUAAUUGGCUUCUCAUUGAUUAAAUUAACAGACAGUACUGUGGUCUGUGCCGAGGGUGAGGCCCAGUUCAGGAGCUCGGCUGGGAGCUGCUCAGGGCAGGGGAAGGGCUGGCUUGGGGGGUCGUUGUGGGCUCCGGCUCGAAACCCAUCCCGCUGCUUCAGUAACGAGAGUGUCUGCAAACGAGCGUCCUGGGAGGAGCGAGGGGCAGGAGCGGGGACGGCCGCGGUGGCCUCGCAGGGGUGACACCGUCCCGGAGGGGACCCCAGGGACGGUCUGGGGGGUCUCGGGGCAGGCGAUGGGCUCAGGGCAGUGGGGACGGCGGUCCCGGUGCUGGGGCUGUCCCCUGUCACCCUCAGAGCUGGGAGAUGCUCCUCACAGCCCCCUGCGAAAGCAGCGCCUUGGUCAAAUGGAAAUUUUUAUGAGCAAGUGAAAUCUUCAGGGUUUUUUUUUUUCCCCUUAAAAGGUAUUUUUCCCCCAGUAGUCAUGACUCAAGAGGAAUAUGUUCUCCCACCGCCACCUUCUCCAUGAGACAUCCUUUAGUCUCCUGCUUGUCCAGGGAAGGCUCCGGAGCGAUACAGGGAAUACCGGCAGCUGCCUGCUCCGCAGCGCGAGAGCUGGCAGGGACGAGCCGCGGUGGCACCGAAGGAGCCCGGCGGGUCGUGCCCGGCGGGUCGUGCCCGGCGGGGUGCUCCCAGCCAGGCAGCAGCCGAAGGGAGAAACUCACCUUAAUCUGAGGGGUGGGUGGCAGCUGCGGGGUGAGACGGGGGACGAGCGCGUCCUCUCCCCUUCCGUCCCCUCACCCGCGGGGGUUUGGAGACCCUCGGGUCCGGCAGCGCGGGACCCCCCCCCCCCAGGCCUGGCACCCCCCUGCCCUCUGUGCACCGGCCAGGGGCCUGAGCCACAAGGGUCGUCCCCUGCGGCAGCGGGGAAUAACCUACAGUUAAUGUAAAGCCCCGCGAAGGGGAGAGGGGUGCUGGGGAGCGGCGGCACGGUGGUACCCCCGCGGUCCCGACCCGCUGCCCGGGGUGCUCGGGGGGGGUCGUUCACGGUAAGUAAAUGGGAGCGCGGGGGCUCGGGGCGCAGUGGGGGGCUGCGUGGCGGCUCCUCCGGCUGCGCCCCCGGGUGGCACCGGCCUCUGCAGCACCCUGGGGACCCCGACGCCGUCGCCCCACGGCUCCCGCGCCUCCACCGCUGCGGAGCCCCACCGUCCUGUCGCCCACAUCCCCGAGGAAAGGGCUAAACCUCCGGGGGGUCGGGGGGUCGGGGGGGGGCUGCGACCCCCCCGGGAAAACCCCACGGAGCCGUCCUCGAAAGCUUCGAUCGCGGGGGGCUGCUGCGGGCAGGGAACCUUCGGCACCGGCGAGUUCGGCUGUGCCACGCCGGCACGGCCACCCGCGCCGGGGCAAGGAGCGAGGGUCCGAGUCCGGCCACGGUGAAGCUGUCCCGGCCCGGAGCAUCGCUCGCACCCGUGAACGUUGGGAGCGUUUUGUUCUUUUCUUUCUCUCCUCGUGACACCCAUCCCACGGCAUAUCCGAAUGUUUCUCGUCGAUGCCAGUUAUUAGUGCAUAAGUGUAUUUUGGGGAAAAAAAGAAAAUGGAAAAAAAAAAAAAAAGAAUUUUCAAUUUAUCACUUGUAACCAUAUAUAUAAAUAUAUAAAUAUAUAUAUUAAAAAGUGUUUAUUUGCAAAAAAUAAAAUUGUUUUAACAGUAAACUAUCUUAUAAUAAACUCCCGAUUUGUGACGAUCUGUUCUUUUGUUAAUCAUUGACAAAUCCUCAGUUGGAGAGUACUGUAACAGCAGCUCUUAACAGCCGCGCCGCCGAGCACCGCGGAGGGGUAACUCGAUGUACUGUAUGUAUUAAAAACAGCUGUAUCGAAUAAAUGUUUAUUGAUUUUUUA